AUGGGCCCUACGCUGCAGCUGCAGGGCCUGGUGGCGGAGCUGCGAGAGGGGCUCCGCAGUGCCCUGGCAGAGCUGUGUGAGCUGCGUCAGAGGGACCGCGGGCUGGAAGAGCGGCUCCAGGCCUAUCAGAGUGACAUGGAUGAUAAGAUAAUGGGCCUCAGGAAUUCCCUCAACACACUCAAGGAGGAGCUAGGAGGAGCUGUGUUCCACAUGAAGGACGUCUCCAGCAGACAGAGGGAGGUCCACAAGAAGCUGGAACUGCUACAGAUGGAUGUCACCUCAGUACAGAACAGCAGGAAGGGCUCCAAGGGGGACCUGCUGGCAGAGCCUGCAGACGGACAGGGACACGCUGGUCUGCCCAGCCCAUCAGAGCUCAGCGUUAUUCAGCACUACUACACCAGUCUGUCCAACACUGGGUCACCACUCAAGACCACCACACCUGCCCAGAGUGAGUCUCAGCAGCAGCAGCAGCAGCAGCAGAGGGGUUGCCGGUCCAAGUCCCCAGUAUGGAGAGAUGGGAGGAGCAGCAGAGAGGAGUUAGACACGCCUCCGAACAGCCACCCAGAGAACAAUAAGAGGCAGACAGCAGCCUUGGAGCUGCUGGAGUCAGAGAGAGUGUAUGUUUCCUACCUCUCUCUGCUGCUGAAGGCCAACAUCUCUUUCAAUGGAUCAGAGGCCAUCAAUGCCAAAGACAAACGUCCGUUCCCCAGCUCUUUACGCUUUCUGAUCCAGCAGCACCUGGAGCUCCUCCACACCCUGCAGGAGCGCAUACUCAAAUGUCAGUGGCAAGGCAUCAUGGGAGAUAUAUUCAUGAAGCUCACCAGCAGAGAGAGUGACUUUCUGGACUUUUAUGUGUCCUACCUCAAAGAGCUUCCAGACUGUUUGUCUGUAGUCAGCAUGCUAACCGCCAGCUCCAUCAAAACUGCUACUAUGCUUGAGAGUGAAAUGAUAGGUGAUGAAUCCAGACCCUCCCUCCAUACUCUGCUCCUCCAGCCGGUUCAGAGGAUACCCGAGUACCUGCUCUUGUUACAGGGCCUGCUGAGGCAGACAGAGUCAGAGCACCCAGACUACUACCUCCUGCUGGUGUGUAUCCAGCAGUUUAGGUCCUUCACAGCCCGGUACCACAACCUCCUCCAACACAACCAAGACCUACUACUACACAACCGCAAAGAAAUGAAGAGGUCCACCAUGAAGCAGCUGUACAAGACAGUGGAGUGUGCCAUCCAAGCCAAUGAGAUAGGCUCCCCAUACCCCCCCGGCAGCACCAUACUGGAUCAUGCUAACCAGGUAAAACGCAACAAGCACCGACUCCUGGAGCAGAUCCAGUCUCGGCGCUACCAGGAUUGGGACCGUGAACCAGAACCCCACCGUUACGACCAGGACCCCUUCUACAGCCCCGAACCAGACCCGAGGAACCACAAGCCUGCAGGUCUCCAUAUUAUCCGGGAGAGCGAGGUGUCUACAGGAUCUGCGGCCUGCGAGCGCCAUCCGUCCUCUAGAGCUCUGGAGCUGCAGCAGGCGCCGCCGGGAGGUUCGGCUUUGGCUGAAGCCAUGGGGGAGUUCCUCCUGCCCGAGGACACGUCAGGCAUGACCAGCCUCUGCGAGGAGGACGGGGACUCCCUGCACAACAUCUCUCUCUUUGACAACUGCUCGUCUGCCUCCUCUGAUUCGUCCAUCGACAUCGCCUUUGUGAGAUGCCCCAAAAUGUUGUCAGCGUCCCACCAUGUGGUGGCUGCCGAGGUGUCCUCCACCCGCGAGUCCUACAACAGCGGGCUGCUGCACCAAGGGGGCGGCUACAGCAAGCUGCCCAACCGAGGGUGCGUGUCUCCAGAUGAGGUGGUGAUGCGCCACCGCCAGCAUCGCCCCCUUCAGGCCAGCCAGCGUAAGAGCAAGUCCCUGAACGGCCUUCAGCUGGACAGCACAGUGAGUGGACUGGACAGCAGUCCUCUAUCAGAUCAGCUCCACAAGGUGGGACUCGGCAGCCACGCCAAGCUGGAGCGCCAGGGCAGUAAGUGUUACCCCGCCCCGUCCCGCAGGGGCCAGAGCACUCCGGGAAACAGCCACCACAGAAUGGACAUUGACAAACAGAACGACGAGCACCGUAGCCCCCUCAACAAGGUAGGUCAAGACACCGGGAGCUCAUUGUGGGGGGAGGAUCCUAAGUGGAAGGGCAAGGCGGAGAAGAAUCACCACACCCCCCUCAGCGAGAGGAGUCGCAAGCAGGAGAAAGGAGGCUUCAGGAGUUCGUUCAAGAAACUCUUCAAGAAGAAGAGCGGUGAGGAGAAGGAGAAGGCUUCUGAGAAGAACACAGAGAACCACAGCAGUGACCAGGAGACCCCAAGGCUGCCCCACCUGGAGAUAGACCGAGGCACCGCUGUAUGA